GAGCCGAUGAAAAAUCGUCGCUCUCCCCGCGGCGAACGGCGGCCGUAGGCAACGGGAGCGCGAUCGAUCGUGGCGGAAACCGGCUCGAUUCGUCGAUCACGCCGGCCAGUUCGUGAUCGUUGGUUUGGUGACUUGUUGACAAACGUCGCGCGAAGAUGCCGGAGCGCGUUAUCGCCAGACUCGUCAUCGGAAGUUAAUCUCACGGUAUUUUCAACCCGGUAAAAAUCCGCACGCGCCCCACGUCGAUUGGGAAACGUCAAGAAUCGCCGGACGAUGUUUUAUUUGGACGGGAGAGGCGAUGCCGCCGCCAUCACCACCACCACCGCAAAAUACGACUCGCUGCCUCCCAACGGAGAAGAGAAUUUCGGCUGGUGGUUGAGCCAUUGGAAAAUCGCGGUAUCGCCGCGAUCACGCCGCGAUGAGGACCAUUAUCGAUCACCAGGAUCGUCCGCGUCGAUGCUGUCCUGCGUCGACUCGGACGACUCGAGCUGCUGCACCUUCACGCAGAAUUCGUCGGCUGGCCGGCAAGAAAAAACGUACGAAAAUAUCGAGCUUCGCAUGUUCGCGCGAGAUGAUCUGGAUAUCGGGCUGAUCAAAAGAGACGCUCAGGACAAUUGGCCCACGGGCGUAACCGAGGACGAGUACGACGCGAGAAACGAAUCGAAGUGCGAGGUUGUUUGCUGCAGCCCGGAAAGACUGAUUCGUUGUCAGGAGUACCGGAUACACGCUCCGUCUUGCCGCCGCUCGUCGCGGGCGAGAUGCGCGCCGGAGGUCGAAGCUUGCCGGGCACGCUUGAGCUGCGGCCUCAUCGAUCCCGAGCGUAUCGGUGGGACGCAGUCGAAGCUACCGUGCGCGGCCUGCUCGCCCGUCAUCGCGAGAUCGCGACGCGCGGACGAUGAUUUCGGCACAGAGACGAGAUCGAGCUGUGACAGGCUAAACUCCACCUGGGACAACUGUAACGGGUCGAGCACUCGUCUGUACUCCUUGGAGGACACUUCGGACAUACAGAGCAACGAUUGCAGCUCGAAUAGGCAGAGCGACGCGCCGGACACACCGAUGUGCCUCUGCGACGAGCUGGCGAUCGCAUCGAAGGACCGUGUCGGCGAUCACAACCGAGGCACCGCCAUCAACGAAGUGGCAUCUAUCCUCGAGGGCUUCCGGAACGAUCCCGAAAAGGCGCUUUUGGAGGAGGAGGAUCGAUUCUACGACUGCAGGUCCUCUCACGAUCAAUUAACCAGGCUAGCUCUAGCUAUAGAGACGGACGCGGAGGAGGCACCGGCGAUCCUCGGCGAUCCGAAUAAUUGGCUACGCCAACUACGCGAUAAGAUAGAACGGCUGCAGCACGGCCACAAAGAGAUCCGCGGUGACAUACGCGCUUUACGCGGGGACUUUCAACGCGACGAGAGGAAAAUUGGCGACGUGUCGGGCAACACGGCGAGACUGCGAGGCGAGAUCCGCGAACUGCGGUAUCUCGACGACCUGCUGACGCUCAUACAGGGGGAGCUCGCGAGGAUAUCCAGGAGAAGUUGGCCAUUCAUCCUGGGGAAUAACGAACCGCGCGAAGAAAUCAAUUUAAUCGUCUGAUCGUGAGCACGAGGACGAACGAACGAACGAAUCGUCGGUACGAGUCUCGUGAAUAGCCGAUGCGAAGGAUACAAGGUGGCGUGAUAACAGGCAGAUAACAGGGCUGAGAAACUCAUUCAGUUGACUCCAACAAAACUCUUGUCUGGAUAUGGCUAAACAAAUGUCAAUUGUGAGAAUCGAAAUUCCAUUCGGUUGUCUAAAACGGAAAUGAAAAAAAAUUGGCUCAGUGAACCAAUAUUUGGUCCUCGCAACUCUAAAGCGUUUGCUCGUAUCCAAACAAGAAUUUUGUCUGAAUCAACUAAAUGGGUUCGAUGCGCGACUCCGCAUCCGUCCGAGAGAGGAGCCGCGCCGAGACGGGCCAUCGGUGUUACAUCGUGUCACUGUGAAUGGAGAUAUUGGCUGAUAAUGUAUUUUAUUACUAAACAAUUUAUUAUUUAUACGUCGCAUAUAUUUGGAUCCAUGUACACACAGCACCGAGUAAAAAAUUCCUAAUACGAUA